AGCGGCGGCAGUGGCCGGAGCGCGGUGAGGCGGCGGCGGAGCUCGGAGGAGGCCGCAGCGCAGGAUUUCCCUUUGCCAACUUCUUGGAGGCUGCGAGGAUGAUGCCUGGGACACUGAGGAAGAGCAGGAGCUGAGCAUGGAGAGCAGGGAGGACAAAUGCCUGCGUCAGAACCUGGUGGAAGAGGCCGUUUUGAGCGGCUCCACGGCGCAGGAAGCCAGCGGGGAGGAAAAGCCCCAGAGAUGCCGCACGAGGAGGGGCUGCAAAUGCAGCCGGCGGGGAUCUGAGGGGGAAAGAGCCAGCCUGGGCCAGGAAGGUGGCCGGAGACGGAGCCAGAGCUCGGAGCUGGUGCUCCAUGAGCAGCUCCAUGAUGGGGAGAAGCCCUACACGUGCGUGGAGUGUGGGAAGAGCUUCAGGUGGAAAGGCGACCUGAUCAGGCACCAGAGGAUCCACACUGGGGAACGGCCCUAUGAGUGUGGGGAGUGUGGGAAGAGCUUCAGUGUGAGCGGCAAUCUGAUCACGCACCAGAGGAUCCACACUGGGGAGAGGCCGUACAAGUGUUCUGAGUGUGGGAUGUGCUUCAGAGAGAGCUCCAGCCUGAUCAGCCACCGGAGGACCCACACUGGGGAGAGGCCCUAUGAGUGUUCCAAGUGUGGGAAGAGGUUCAAGACCAGCUCCCAUCUCCUCCAGCACUAUCGGAUUCACAGAGAGGAGAGGCCCUUCCAAUGCCCCGACUGCGGGAAGGGAUUCAAGCACAGCUCCUCCCUCAUCACCCACCGGCGCACCCACACUGGGGAGAGGCCCUACAAGUGUGAUAAAUGCAGGAAGAGGUUUGCAACUAGCUCCUGUCUCCUCCUGCACUAUCGGAUUCACUCAGAGGAGAGGCCCUUCCGCUGUCCCGACUGUGGGAAGGGAUUCAAGCGCAACUCCACCCUCAUCACCCACCGGCGCAUCCACACUGGGGAGAGGCCCUACGAGUGUCCCCAGUGUGGGAAGAGCUUCUCCUGGAGCUCUAACUUGACCCGACACCAGCGGAGGCACCACUAAGGGAAGCCCUGCGAGUGCCCCGAGUGUGGGCAGAGCUUCGUGCGCUGCUCCAGCUCCAUCCCCCACUGGAGGAGGCACUUUGGGCACAGCCCUGGUCACUCACAUUCCCUGUGAUCCAUGUUGAGGACACACCUGGCUGCUUCUCCUUUUGGUUUGGCCUUAAUUUUCCUCUGCUUCACCUUCAUCCUUUAAAAACACCCAAAACUGGAUUAAAUGAAGGAAAUUGAUCGAA